CGCUAUCACAACCAAAACAACUGCAUCCGCCGAGAAACUUCGCCCUAGAGAUAUUUCGUUGUAGUAUCCAUUUCGCAACUAUGAGGCAACAGCGAGAAUGCAUCGUUGUCAAUAUGCGUUCGGCAAUAGCACUGAUCAUCAUCUUUGUGCUGACCGGCAUCAAAAAUAGCGAAACCGCCAGCGGAGGCAACCAAAUGGAUCUAACGGAUGUUAAGAAUGAUCAGCGCAAGGACAACAGCAAUGCUGGCAUCAAUAAUAACAACGAUAAUGAGGUAUUUGUGCCUGCACUCGGCAGCAUGGGUAGCAAAUCAUCAGCGGCGGGUGACAACACCAACGGCAAUAGCACCACGAAUAUGCUGUGCCCGCUGGACAAGGAGAUGCCGUGCGAACGGCUGCAAUUCCCAUGCAUACGCUGCAGCUAUAAUUUCAACUGCCUGUACGGCCGUGAUAUUAACAUCACCUGCGAGGCGGCCAGCAAUGUGCAGUGCCAGGGGGAGCGUUCGUUCCAGCGUACAAUGAACUGUCGCUAUUGCUACCAAACGGAGAUGUGGCAGCAGAGCUGCGAGCAGCACGCCAAUUGCAACUCUGCAGCGGAUAAAUACUAUCGCACCAAUUGCACUGUGCACCAGGAUGUACUUUGCCUGGGCAGUCGUUCGUUUACUCGCAAUUUACGCUGCAACUGGACGCAGGGCUAUCGCUGGAGCACCGCGUUGAUUAUCAGCCUAACACUGGGUGGCUUUGGUGCCGACCGCUUCUAUUUGGGCCACUGGCAGGAAGGCAUUGGCAAACUGUUCAGUUUUGGCGGCCUCGGCGUCUGGACAAUUAUAGAUGUUCUGCUCAUAUCCAUGCAUUAUUUGGGCCCCGCUGACGGUUCGCUCUACAUUUAAUCCGGAUAGAGAGAGCCCGCUUUGCCGGCGUUAAUAUGCAGUGGACAGUCGGAAGGGUUGCUGCAUUUGAUUACCUAAGAUGCGUAUCAUAUAAGUACAACUUUGUCAUUUUUGCGAGGCAUGAAGAAAAUAUUGUAUAGUCAUAGUACAGAGAUGAAGACAACUGACGAAAUACCUAGCUAAAUAAGAUAAAAAGUAAAUGUAAACUUUAUAUAAAAUAAUUUUAAGCUUUAAACUAACUUUGAGUUGUUAUUUAGAUAAAUAUUUUAGGCUAAUUUACGAAGUAUGGUCUAGGUAAGAUUAAAUGUGCUCAACAUUUUAAAUAGCCAAUUAUGAUAGGUACCAAGCAUUGUUCAAAAGCAUGUUAUAUAUAAGAGGAGACUGUCUAUGACUAAAUAUA